AUGGUGGUGACGGUGGCUUACGUGCGUCAACAACUCAGUAAUUUGGCGCAUUCCGGCGGUUCCCACAAAGACCAGGCUGAGAAAUACCGCGCAACCCUGGACUCGAUAUUGUUGUCUUCCGGCGAGGAGCUAGUCGAUGCUCUGAAGACAUUCAUCGAAGCAAUUGUGAACGAAAACGUGAGCCUGGUCAUUUCAAGACAAGUGUUAACUGAUGUCAGUAGCCGUUUACUGUUUUUGCCUGAUGAGAUAUCAAAAGCUGUUUCACAUUAUACAUUGGACAAGGUUCAACCACGUGUGAUUUCCUUUGAAGAACAAGUAGCUAGCAUAAGACAACAUUUAGCUGAUAUUUAUGAACGUAAUCAGAACUGGCGAGAAGCUGCAAAUGUUUUAGUUGGCAUACCACUGGAAACAGGGCAAAAGCAGUAUACCAUUGAUUACAAACUUGAGACUUACCUUAAAAUUGCUAGAUUAUAUUUGGAAGAUGAUGAUCCAGUACAGGCUGAAGCGUUCAUCAAUCGAGCAUCACUUUUACAGGCCGAAUCUAAAAAUGAACAGUUACAAAUCUAUUACAAAGUAUGCUAUGCAAGAGUAUUAGAUUAUAGAAGAAAGUUUAUAGAAGCAGCUCAAAGGUACAAUGAGUUAUCAUAUAGGUCCAUCAUUCAUGAAGAUGAACGCAUGACUGCUCUUAGAAAUGCAUUGAUUUGCACAGUAUUGGCUUCUGCAGGACAACAGAGAAGUCGAAUGUUGGCCACAUUGUUCAAAGAUGAACGCUGUCAACAACUCCCCGCUUACUCAAUUCUUGAGAAAAUGUAUUUGGAUCGUAUCAUUCGGCGCUCUGAACUGCAAGAAUUUGAAGCAUUAUUGCAACCUCACCAGAAGGCAUGUACUAUCGACGGAUUAGGCUCCACUAUACUCGACCGUGCCGUUAUCGAGCAUAAUUUAUUGUCCGCUAGUAAAUUAUACAACAAUAUUUCGUUCGAAGAAUUAGGUGCAUUGUUGGAUAUUCCACCUACUAAAGCGGAAAAAAUUGCUAGCCAAAUGAUUACUGAAAGCAGAAUGAAUGGAUAUAUAGAUCAAAUUGAUUCCAUAGUACACUUCGAAACACGUGAGACCUUACCGACAUGGGAUAAACAAAUACAAUCACUAUGUUAUCAAGUGAAUCAAAUAAUCGAGAAAAUAGCUCAAACAGAGCCAGAAUGGAUCGCAAAAGCAAUGGACGAUCAGAUGGUGCAUUAAUAUAGAUUUUGUUUAACACAGAAAUGUCAAAUGAGGAAUACGGGAAUCAUUUACAAUAUGUACACGAUACACAGCCAGCCAAAAUAGUAAAUAUUUAUAUAGCUCAUUAUUAAAACACUAAUAUCGUCUGAGGCACGUCAUUCAUUAAAUUUGUUUUAUAAACAAAAUCUUUCAUCCCAAAAGUAUAUCGAUAUUGUUUUUAGAAUUGACAGAUUGUGCAUUUGAAAUAUGUUAAAUGUAUAUUACAUCCUUAAUGC